AUGCCGUUGAAAUUGUGGAAACGUGUUUGGCCAUGGUUUCUUUAUGCAGUUGCGAAGAUGGCUGCACAGGAAUUCACCGUUGACUUGAACAAGCCCCUUGUCGUCCAGCUUCAGCUGAUGUCGACGUUUUCUCCAAUGCUUCGCAAACAAUAUUCCAAAUUACAGCAAUUUCCAAAACCAAUCCACCGAUGCCAUGGCCAUUGUAACAAGGCCUACAUGAACUCACGCUCAAGCAACUUGUCGUUUGUGCAAAGCGACAUGGCUUCAACGAAACGGCUAUGGCAGUUCAGGCAGGGGCCACCCUGGCGAACGUAUAUUAUCUUAUAUCAGAGAAAAGUUAGAGUUCAUGGCUUCCCAGCUGGAGUUUGCAUUACUCUUGGCAUUGGAGGACACUUCAGCGGAGGCGGCUAUGGAGCCAUGAUGAGAAAAUAUGGUCUUUCAAUAGAUAAUGUCCUUGAUGCCCAAUUGGUUGAUGCCAAUGGUCGAAUACUUAACAGAAAGUCAAUGGGAGAAGACGUGUUUUGGGCAAUCCGAGGAGGUGGAGGAACUAGUUUUGGAAUCAUUCUUUCAUGGAAGAUCAAGCUGGUUCCUAUUCCUCCUAAGGUUACUGUUUUCAAGGUGAAAAGGACUUUGGAACAAGGCGCAACAGAUCUUACUUAUCGCUGGCAACAAGUUGCCCAUAAACUACCUAAAGAUCUUUUCAUCAGACUGGAGGCUAGGCCUUUAAUCGGACCUGGCAAAGGCAACAAAACCAUACAAGUUACUUUCAUUGGCCAUUUUCUUGGACAAACGGAUGGACUUGUUCAACUGUGCCGUGCAUGGCACCAGCGUAUCCACCUACUUCUGCCACUACUAUUUACAGCACCAUGCCCCUAUGAAACCUAUGGAACCCAUACUGAGCCACUGUACCUCACUUGCCCCAAUUGCCCAGAGCCACCAACCUUACCUUGCCAGCACCCAUACUGA